AUGAGUUGGUCAGGGUUCAAGAAGUCCAUGAACCGAGCAGGGACUACCUUGCUUCAGAAGACUGGUCAGAUCGAGCGCACGGUGGACAGAGACUACACGGAUGAGGAAGUGAAAUUCAAGACGUUCGAGAAGGAAUGUCAGAUGUUGCAGAAGGACAGCAAGGGAUACCUGGACGCGAUGCGAGCGAUGGCUAGUACGCAGAGUCGUCUCGCUGAUACGAUAGACGUGUUCUAUGGCGCGGCGGACAAAUCAUCGGAGAGCGCGAUGGCUGCGCAUGCGUACAAACGGGCGGUUGAUGACUUGGAUACAGGCAUUGGACGAGAGCUGGAUGCGCCGUAUAGGACGACUGUGAUGGAGCCGCUGGGCAAGAUGAAUGCUUAUUUCCCAAUAGUGAACGAGCAUAUCUCGAAACGUAACAAGAAGCUGUUAGACUACGAUGCUGCCCGUAGCAGGAUGAAUAAGUUAAUCAACAAGCCCAGCGAUGAUCCGACCAAGCUUCCGAAGGCGCAGCAGGAACAUGACGAUGCGAAGGAAGUAUUCGACAUGCUUAAUGAUCAGCUGAUCGCGGAACUUCCGCAACUGCUCGAUUUACGUGUGCCCUUCUUUGACCCGAGUUUCGAAGCGAUGAUCCGCAUGCAAUGCAAGUUUGCAGAAGAAGGUUACGAGAAACUCAGUGGAGUACAGAGAUACUUCGCGGAGAACGUGCGAGAUGACUAUGCGGCAGGACAGCUUGAUGCUCAGGUCGAGGGUGUUUUACAGGAGAUGAAGGAGCUUACGAUCUGCGGAGCGAGUUGA